AUGCAUGCGCCGGGGAGGUUACUGAAACAAGGCAUUAAAGAGCUACCAUGCAUCGGUGACGGGCGACAGUCGAGGACCUCCGGCUCACCAUCGAUCCUGAACGCGAGCCCUGAAGCAGCCAACGGUGGAAAUCCUGCACUAGUCCGCGAUUUGGACACGGUACGGGUCGACAUAGGUAGGCGCCGUGUCGACAUUCUUGUUUCGGAGGAAGAGUUAAAGGCUCGGCGAGAAGAGUUGGAGGCCAAAGGGGGAUAUGGUAUGCCUGAAAGUCAGACACCCUGGCAAGACAUUCUGCAGCGCGAAGUGAGUAGUUUGAGUGAAGGUAUGGUUUUGAAGCGCGCAAUCAUGUUUCAGGGCAUUGCGCAGAAGUAUUUUGCGCCUCGGGACAAUCAUUAA